AGGGAAUUAAAUAACUCCCCCCAGCGGUACCAUACGACAUUUGCACGCGACUUCUAAGUCCCUUAAGAGUAAAGAGAAUCCUGAAUACAGGUCUACAGACAGCUGCUGACAAGUUAUUCAUUCACGACGGCCACAUCACAAAGCGGAGCCUGAAUCGACACCUGUCGUUCACAUUUCACUUCCCUCGAGCUUCACUCCAUAACAUCAACCAGAAUGAAUUGGCCACUCUUCGUUCUUGCCUCGUUAUUUUGUCUCGGAUUCCCCACCAGCUCGACAGCUGCACCUGAGUUUGUUCAAGUUGGUUGCUUUAAAGAUAUGUCUCGACAAAGAGCUCUGCCAAAACUACUGGUCAGCUAUCGUGGAACAAUAGAUUGGAACACUGAUUUAAAUUACAUUGUCAGGAAAUGUGCGCAAGAGGCGAAGAAGAAGAAUCAUAUGUAUUUUAGUGUCCAGUUUUAUGGGGAAUGUUGGAGUGGAGAUACUGCCCCUAUGACGUAUGACCGCUACGGAAAAUCUACUCGAUGCACCGCAACCGUUGGUGGAGAGUUUGCUAACAUGGUCUACAGAUUUGUAGGAGAUGAAAAAGAGUGUUUAAACUACGCCACACUUAGUUCAGCUAGUCGCUCCUCUACUUAUCAGCUGCCCAUAGGAAGCACGCCAUCUUGUGACGAUGGUCUCCCAUCUGGAUGGUACCGCUUCUCUAAUCCCGCGGGCGAUAAAAUGGCAUCCACGUGUCUUCCGUCUGGAAAAUGUGGAACCGUGGUCACUGGUUGGUUAGAAACGGCUCAUCCCAGAACGGCUGAUGGGAUUAUUAGUGGCAAAGUCUGCUUCCGCUGGGGAUCAAACUGCUGUCAAUGGUCUCAAAACAUCCAUCUACGAAACUGUGGAAGGUUCUAUGUUUAUAAACUAGGAAAAACAUUUGCUUGUCCUAUGGGCUUCUGUGGGAUAACUUCAUCGAGACCAGGGUAAUUUACUAGGUUAAGAAAGACCAAGGAGCGUCAACAGAGGAAAAAGGAUACUCAAAUUUAAGUUAAAUUACGAUGUAAUAAUUCAAUUGUAUUUAAGAUAUUAAAAUGAUAAAAUGAAAAAGG